AUGCCUCGUGGACAGAAGAGUAAGCUCCGCGCCCGUGAGAAACGCCGCCAGGCCCGGAGUGAGUCUCAGAGUCUCCAGGGUGCUCAGGCCAUGUCGGCGGAGGCUGAAGGGGUCCCCUCUUCUCCCUCCCCUCCUUGUGGUGAUGAUCCCCAGAGCUCCCCUGCUGCGGGCUCAGGGAAGAGACCCCCGGGGUCUCGGGCAGCCCCGUCUGCUCCCACUCCCUCUGCAGGCGUUUCGUGCGCAAGCCAGCCCGAGGAAGGGGCCGCAAGCCAGCCUGAGGAAGGGGCCGAGGGCCAGCCUGAGGAAGGUGCCGAGGGCCAGCGUGAGGAAGGUGCCGAGGGCCAGCGUGAGGAAGGUGCCGAGGGCCAGCGUGAGGAAGGUGCCGAGGGCCACGGUGCGGAAGGGCCAGACACCUCCCAGGCAGAGCCCAGCACCGAGCCUUCCGGCCCAACCCCUCUGGAGCAGAAGGCGAUUCUGCUGGUGCAGUUCAUGCUGCGCAAGCAUAACAUGAGGGAGCCCAUAAGAAAGGAAGACAUGAUGAAGUAUGUCAUCAGAAAGCACAAGCAGCACUUCUACGAUAUCCUCAGGAAAGCCUCCGAGCUCAUGGUGCUGGCCUUCGGCAUGGACAUAAAGGACGCCGACCCUGCCGGAAACUACUUCAUCCUUGUCAGCAAAUUGCGCCACGCCCGUGGUGGCCGGCUGACCGGCGAGAUCGUGCCCAAGAGGGGCCUCCUGAUGACCAUCCUGUGUGUGAUCUUCAUGAAGGGCAACUGUGCCGCUGAGGAAGACAUCUGGGAUGUCCUGAACGUGAUGGGGAUCUACGCUGGAAAGAGGCACUUCAUCCAUGGGGAGCCCAAGAAGCUCAUCACUCAAGACCUGGUGCGGGAGAGAUACCUGGAGUACCGCCAGGUGCUCGGCAGUGACCCUCCGCGCUACGAGUUCCUGUGGGGCCCCCGAGCCCAGGCCGAGACGAGCAAGCUGGAAGUGCUGGAGUUCCUAGCCAAGCUUCAUGAUACCCACCCCCGUGCCUUCCCGCUCUGGUAUGAAGAGGCUCUGCGGGAUGAGGAAGAGAGAGCCCGAGCCAGGUCGGGAGCUGCGAGGAGCCGCGCACCCUCGGCCAGUGUGCGUCCCAGGAUCAAUUUCUGCAGCUCUCCCUACAGGCCCUGA